AUGCGUCGUCCGGGAACGCUGCCCGCGUCGAGCGGUCAUCAUCAUCGCUCCAGCGGCGGAGGAGGGGGAGGGGGAGGAGGAGGAGGAGGAGGCGGUGGCGGUGGCGGAGGCGGUGGGCCAGGUGGAAUGUCAGUCGAGGAGAGCUCAUCGUCCUUGAACGGUACCGGUGAUGAUCGUGCCGUCGCCGGAAGCGGUUCCACCGUUCCCGGUGCUUCCGGUAGCGGCAAUAACGGCAGCACCGGUAGAUCGCAUUAUUCCAAUCUCUCGCUACGCCGUACGCCACAGCCGCCUCAGCUGCCGUCGAGGGGCAACGAUUGCAUCGAUAGGAUGCACGGCGAGUCGAGGAUUCAGAACGGAAUACCCGGACACCAUCCACCCCCGCCUCUACCCUCGAGGCACCAAUCCACUUGCUCCCAAUCCUCUUAUCCGACGCUGCCCGUUAACGGACACGGAGCUCAUCACUAUCAUCACUAUCCCCGUGAGCGUGACAAGGAUAGAUCGUCGACGCGCGAGAGGAAUAAUCGUGACAGGGAUGCUGGUGCAGGCGGAGGUGGAGGCGGAAGCGGUGGAGGAGGAGGAGGAGGAGGGCUUCGUGCCGACAAACAUCGCGAGGCACAACUCGAGAUGGAACUUCACGACGGUCUCGAUGUUGCUGGCAUUGGAACUUAUCGAGCGUAAAUAACGAGGAACGACGUUAAACUUUAAAAAUCUCUUACAAAAUUGACAUCGUUCUUGUGACACCGUCGAAUUAAACCGACCGACCGAUCGACCGACCGACCGACCUACCGACGAUGUAUUAAAAACUUUUCCAUUGGCCGAUACGACGGACGUAAAGGACGAUAAUAAUCUCAUUGAGAUUCGCAAGUCUUGCUUCGUUGUUGCCUUGGUGCGCGAUAGACGCGAUCUUGACGUAACACAACUAUGGAAAUGCGUCCGACGUCGGAGAUACCACGAGUUUCGUGGAUGAUGGGAGUGCCAGGGAAACCCCCUUUGACCCUUUCUCUCUCUCCCUCUCACGCACACGCGCGCACACACACACACACACACACACACACUCCCUCUCCCCCUCUCUCUCUCUCUCUUCAUCGUGCACAGCCCAACGAAAGAGAAAUCGUACCGAGGGUACGAACCACGUACUGCCGUUUUAAAUAUUCUACAAAUUUUACCCCAAACACGAACAUCCACUACGAAAAGGGCGAAAUGAAAGCAGUCUUCUUUCGACUACCAAUUAACGAAAAAUCGUCGGUCUUGAGAAACGAAAGACUAGUGUGCGCUAUCGAGUGUCGGUAACCAGGUCGAUUGGGAUGGUAGAUUUGGAACGUCGAUGAUGACUGAAAAAUCUCAAUGAUACGCACGUGAUUUUAAGGAAUCGAGAGGUAUCGACAAAAUGACUCGUGUGAAUUAGAAUACGAAGAAUCAUCGAUCGAUCGAUCGAUGCUUAGAGCCGACGAGAACGUAGAAAAUGAGAAAGAGAGAAAAAAUGAGAGAGAGGGAGAGAGAGAGAGAGAGAGAAAGAGAUAGAUCUUCAUCCGUAGACGUAACAUGCGUGUCUUUAGGAUAGGGUUUAGGGUCUCGAAAAUAGGGUCGACGACGCGUUUUUUCUCGCGUUUCGGCUUCUAACGUGUAGGAUCAACGUCUGUAUCAUAAAAAAGGGACAAAAAGAGAGACGAUCGUCUCUCUUCACUAUAAUAGCGCAUCGCAAUUAUAUACAUACAUAUAAAUAUACAUGUAUACAUAAAAAUAUAUAGGUAUAUAUAUAUAUUCUAAACGGUCGAAUUAUUUUCUAAAUAAAAACACCAAUGUAUAGAGGUACGACGGAGAACGUUAGUGCGGCUAGUGUUCGCGACGUAAGACGAGGGGAUGUAGUUUAAAAACUUUGGAUACGUUUUUGCCAGAACGAACCAAAAUGAUAUUUAAAAAUAAUAAUAAUAAUAAUUAUAAUAAUAAUAAUAAUAAUUAAAGACAAAACGAAUAAAUGAAAAAAUAAAAUCAAACGUUCAAACGGCAGAAAUACGUAUCCCAAUCAUUUUACCUUCUGUCCCUCGAUCGAGAUCGAGUAUCGAAAUAAAGACAAACAAGAAAGAGAGAGAGAGAGAGAGAGAGGGAAGAAAUAAAUAAAUGAACAAAUAAAAGAAGCUAGGUACAGAAGGGAUAUUUAUCAAAAUGGUGGAAAAAUGUUCGAGACAGUGAAUAAAUACGCUCGUCGAAUUUUAUUAGGCGACACUUCUUUCCUUUUAGUGCUCGUUGUACGAUGAUCUAUAUGACGUUGAUCUGGAGAAAAAAUUCCGUUCGAAAUUGAUCUAUAAAUAAUAAGCGCAAAUUUUUAUAUAGUUAUAUUAUAUUAUUAUUAUAUAUAUAUAAUAUAUAACUAUACAAAAAUAUAUAUGUAUAGCUAUGUAUUUUAUUCGUCUUAUUUAUUUCGCGAAACGGACGACCUUUUCCUUUGCAUCGAAAUUGCAGCUGAGACGAUUGAUCGAUCGUUUUUCGAGUCAUAUCAAUAAUAAAAAGAAUUCUCGUACUAACCGUUUCGCGUUUAGAAAAUAAAAUAAAAAACAGAUAAAUAAAUAAAUAGAAAGGAAAAAAAAACGAUCGAACAUAAUAAAAUGUAAAAGUCUGGAACAAAAAUUUUCCUUUUCGAGAUCGCACGAUACGUAAAUACAGAUACGCGGACACGCAGACACGUACACACAUAUCAUGAUUCAUUGAUAAACCAAAGCAGAUACACGCUUUGAUAGAUCCAUGCAAAAGAGGGGGAGAGACGGGGUAGAAAUUUGUCAAGUUUCGAAUUAUACUCGUUGGAAGUUUCGUGCUCCUUGAAAGGUAGACUCAAGAGAGGACUUCUUGGAAGAUCCAAUGAUCCUCGAUGCAUCGUCUGUUCGUGUCCUUCUUCCUUAGAAAAGGUACGAGUUUUCGCCGGAAGCUCCGUGACGAGUUCUCAACCUUUCUGUAUUAAAAUGCACCGGGUGCGGUCGACUUUAAGUUAGUUAGUUUUCAAGCACGGUAAUCGUUAAGAGAGAAAAAGAGAGAGAGAGAGAGAGACGAAAGAGAAAGAGAGAAACACAAACGCGAACGCUUUGCUCGUAUACGCAAGAAAGAGAAAGGAAAAAAAGGAUGAUGAAAGAUGGACGAAGAGAGAGAGCGAGAGAGAGAGAAGAGACUGAGCCGGUGCAACCACUCGCCAGUAGAAAGAUGUACUUUGCGGAACGAGAUUAUUUUUCCGCUCGAGUGUACCCAGUGGAAUUCCACGGUCACCCUGCCUGAGAAAGGUGACUGCACUUUGAAUCGACUCGCGUUCUGCCGUUAUGCAGGGCGUGGAGCACCGGAAUUUCAACUUUGUAGAAGGGAGAUCUAUGGCGUCCUCGAAAAACGAUAUUACGGGAUGCUACGAGUCUACUCGUUGCUCUUCUUCGACAAUUUUCCUUCUACUUCUUCUUCUUCUUCUUCUUAUUUCUCUUUUUGUCGUUCUGUUUAUUUCUUUUUUUUUUUCAUUCAUCUUUUCGUUUCUUUUAUUUUCUUUUCUGAUACGAAAAACUACGAACAACUUGGCAAGAUUUCACCCUUUCAAGAAAAAAAGAUAUAUAUAUAUAUAUAUAAUCUCUCAGUAACUGUUAACCUUUGCAACUUGUUCACAAAGUUGAUUCAACGAUAUCAAAGCUCAAAGGUCGUCCGUAUUUCUUAUCGACGCUUUUACCCAGGUACAUAUAUUAUAUAUCGAUGCAAUUCGACGUAAGCGAUGUGCGAUAUUAUGUAAAUAAAUAUUAUUUUCAAUUGCAAUUCUAUAAUUGUCAUAUUUUCGUUCGAUAUGUAAUUAAACAUCGUCGUGACGAUUAAACGAUUCCAAAAUUAUUUUCGUCCGCGCGAACGACGAUAAUUUAUCGACUUUGAUUAUCUUCGAUAUACCAUAUAAAUAUAACACAUUCCUUUGCCGAUUAUCCAGGCAUCUUUUUUAUUAUAUUUUCGAUAAUAAUAUGUAAGAGAUUGUACGAAGGGAUAUUAAAAUGUAAAACGUAAGCCUGUAUAAACAAAUGAAUAAAAAAAAAACGAACGAACGAACGAACAAUAAAGAAAAGGAGAAAGAACCAUUCAAAUUACAAGAUAUCUAUGGUGUUAACGGAAAGAAAGAGAGAGAGAGAACAUGUCAUUUUCUUACGAUCAAAAAGAAAAAGAUACACAUUUCAAAGGGUGAAUUAAUCAAACGCGUUAAGAUGCAAAUAAUUCUUGAAUUGAUCCGAGAAACCGAUGGAAGACGUUUGAAUUUCAAUGAGAUUUUUAACCUCUCGUCGUAACAAUUCGAAGAAUGUACUUUGAUGUACUAACAAGUACGUGUUAAACAUGAAAUAUCAUUGUCGAAGUUUAUGAUUAAAAAGUGAAGUAUCUAAUACGACUAAGAGAUAUCUAUCCGUGAUGCGCAAUGAUAAAAGCUAAUAAUUCGAACGUCUUCGGAAUUUUAAACGCGUUAUGCGCAUGCGUAAAAAAAAAGAGAGAGAGAAAGAGAGAUGAAAAUUGAAAAAGGAAUUUUGGAGUAAAAAAAAUGAAAAAAAAAAAUCGAUUGGCACGCCGCAGGAGAGAAGGGAUGGUCGUAUUACAAAGGAUACGUUAAAAUUUUUAAAAAGGGAAUCAAUUUGAUCGCAAACAAGAGAGACAGAGAAAAAAAGAGAUAGAUAGAGAGAAAGAGAGAGAGAGAGAGAGAGAGGGGAGAGAGAGAGAAGAUUAUUCCGUUUAUCUCGCAAAGCUUGUAAAUUAUUUCUUGUAAAACCAACGAUAACAUGGAAGCACCGAAUAUACACACAAAUACACAUCAAUGAGAAAUGAAAGCUUCUUUCACGUACGUGUCAGAGCUUUUAUCGUCGAAUGAGAACAGAGCCUGGCUCGAUCAAAGGGGUAAAACACAAAUACAUAAACUCGAUCUAUAUAUAUGUACGUAUAUGCUGGAAACAAAACCGUGCAUCUUCCAAUUACUUCUUUUUUUAUUUGUUUAUAUUUUUUAUUUUUUUUAUUCCUUUAAUCUUUUCUCCUCUUUUCUUUUCUUGUUUUAUCCUUCUUCUUUUUUCUUUUUGUCAAUUCUUGCUCGACAAUAUGCGAAAAUAAAAGUAGGAAGAAGAUAAAAUAGAAAACGCAAUUGUUCGUAUCUCUUCAGUUUUGCGUUUCGUAACUGAAAUGUCGUUGUACGCCGUACCAAAUCUACUCAAUUUGUUUAGAAUUUUAGUCAAAUUGCAACGACAAAAUACUCGAUCCUGACUCUUAAUAUUUCAUAUUUAAAAUAAAUUUAGUUUAAUAAUUGAGCUUGACGUCGCAAAAAUGACAAAAAUUGUUGUUCUCGUUAAAUAAAAAAUAACGUACGAUUUAGGCAUAUAACUUCAUCAGUUUUCUUUAUAUUUUUCGUUUAGUAAAGUUAAUCGAUUUGACAAAACGAACGGCUCGAUAGUCUCUCUCUCUUUCUCUCCCUCUCUCUUUUCCUUCUAAAAUGAAAAACGAAAAGAGAAGUUGGAUCUGAGUAGUCUGUAAGAAACGAAAUGAUAUUUUUAAAAGAAUACAAGUUCUGUUACGUAUUAUUAUUAAUAUCAACGAAAUAUAUGCAGCUCGAAUCGGAAACUUUAUAAUUCGUCGGAAAACAAGAUAAAGAAAAAUGAUGAAGUUUCGAGAAGAGAUAUCGAAAGGGACUUUACGAAUCGAUUUUUCCAAUAACUUUUUACUCUUCGGUGUGUCCUAUUGUAAACAGAGAAAAGAAAAAAGGAGCAGAAAUAAUUAAAAAAAAAGAAAAGAAAAAGAAAAAGAAAAAAAAAAGAAAAGAAAAGAAAAGAAAGAAAGAGAGAGAGAGAAGAAAAAGAAGAAGUAGAAGAAUAGGAGAGAGAAAAAAAAUUACAAAGAAGGAGUUUCGUUUCUACAGGAGGAAAAAAGAGAGAGAAGGAAAGAGAGAGAGAGAGAGAGAAAAAAAGGAGGAUAAAAAAAACGAUGACCGACACAUUUACGUAGCGUGUCUGUAAUUAAUAUAUUGUAAAUGUCCGAGAUGUGUCAAGUAUCAUAUAGAUAGUUCAAGAGAGUAUUAUUAUUAGCCUUCCGGCGAGAUAAUGGUUACAAAAAAAAAAGGAAAAAAAAAAAACAUGUAUAUUUUACGAUAUGACUGUCAUACUUAAUAAAUGAGGAAGCAAACAAAAAAUAAAGGAAAGAAAAAAAGGAAAAAAAAGAGAGAGAGAGAGAGAAGAAAAAAGAAUAUUGAAAUGUAACGAAUCCGCUAGUCAGAAAUAAUGCGAAAAGAACGAAGAUGAAGAAGGAAUAAAUAGAAGGAGAGAAAGAGAGAUAGAAAUAUAAUGUGUAGAAUACGAUCGAAAUAAUUUAAUCGUCAUAGAUAUUAAAUUAUUGUACAAAAUUGAAUGCCGGUAGCACGUAAGGGCCUAUAUAUACAUAUAUAUAUAUUUUUUUUUCCUUCUUGUUUUUCUAUCGAUUAUGUUAUAUAUACAUAUACAUACAUACAUACAUACAUAUAUAUAUAUAUGUAUGUAUGUAUAUAUAUAUAUAUGAAAAGCGAAGCGCGAUUUAGCGUCAAAUAUCGUAAUAUCUAUGCACACGACGAUUUAUCCACGUUCCUUUGGCGCGUAUCGAAGAUAAAAUAAGAGUCCUGGCCUCCCUCCAUAGUAGAUUUUACGAACUUAUCGAGCAUCGUUGCGAGAAAGAAAGAAAGAAAGAAAGAAAGAAAGAAAGAACGAGAGAAAAGAUAAAUAGAUAAAUAAAGAAAGAAAGAAUGAAAGAGAGAGAGAGAGAGAGAGAGAGAGAGAGAGAGAAAGAGAAUUUCCAAGAGCUUUGCCUCCAACAUAUUGUAUCACACUUUAUGCGUAAUUUCGAGUCGCGAAAUAUUCCCGUAAGAUUCCCCAUAAGAAUCGUAUUGCGACUUACCAAUCGAAUCCCGAAUACAUAGGACUUAUCUCUCGCGAAGACGUUCUCCAUAAAGUCCGAAACCGUUCGAGAUUCGAGAACUGCAACAUGCUAUCAUCUUCUUAUAUGUAUGUAUUGUAUGUGUGUAUGUAUGUAUGUUUGUAUGUAUGUAUGUAUGGAUGGAUGGAUGUAUGGAUGGAUGUAUUACAAAUGUCGAAAAAGUUGUGUGCGAGUUACUAGUUGCUCUAACCUCUAUCCAUUACGUUCUAUUACGAUCGAGAGUAUAUAUAUAAAGAAUAGAAAAAUGAGAAGAGACGAGUUUUAUAUAUAUUUUUUUUUUUUUGGUUUUUGUUCUCUUCUUCGUCGAUCGAUACACACAACUCUCGAAUACUCGACGUCGUCGAUUAUGAAACGUUAAUCAAAUUUUUUAUUCGUCCGUACUAUACACAUUCCAUACGAGAGAAAAGAAAAACAGCAAAUACAUAGGACGGCCACACACGCACACGUACACGCGCACCAUAAUGACAAUUCGAUAUCAAAGUGCGUCUUAUCUCUCUCUUUGAAAAGAAAGAAAGAAAAAAAAAAGCAAAAGACAAAAAAAAUCAUAAAAAAAAGUGGAUUAAAAAAGAAAAAAGAAAAAAUGUAUCGAGUAAUUUCUACUGUCGUUUCAUGAUACGCGCACAUCGCGACGCACGUAUAUAUAUAUAUAUAUAUAUAUAUAUAUAUAUAUAUAUAUAUAUUAUAUAAAAUACGCGAUACACAUCACACGUCUGUAUACACGCACCACACGCGUGCACGAUCAAAGUGUACUUAAGUUCCGUAUUUCUAAGAGAUCACCUUACGUAUAUACAUAUACACGAGUAAAAAUAUGUGUACUCACCGUAGAUGAGAGAAACGAAGAAGCAAACGAUACACACAGACAGCAGAGAGAGAAAGAGAGAAAAAGAGAGAGAAAGAGAGGUGGGCCCUUUGUUCGUCCUUCGAAUGUAAUUGCGACUGUGCUGCGGCCGACUUUGGUGUCCACUUGAAAAUUCUUCGAUCUCGUCGCUCGAAGAAGUUGAAGAAGAAGAAGAUGAUGACUAUGACGAUGACGAUGAUGAUGAUGACGAUGAUGAUGAUGAUAACGACGAUGACGACGACGAUAAUGAUGACGAUUAAUUUCUUCUUGAGAACCAAAAUGGCCUCUCGCGAAGACCGAUCCUACACACGCGUACGCACAACACAACACUCACUCGAAAUAUACACAUACCCAUCGAUCACAGACGUUGUACGCGCACACCACACAAUAUCAUCAUCACAACACUGUAUAUUCGUGUAAAGCAUAGCAGAGCCUUAUUGAGAAAGCAAUAUACAUCCCUUAAAGGAAAAGGAAGAAGAAAAAAAAAAUAAAGAAAAAGAAAAAGAAAAACUGCUUUAAAAAAAGUACAUAUUUUCAAGCUGUUAAAAAUAUCUCUACUUGCGGCGAACGACGUUCAUUCCUACGCGUAAAGAAAAAAAAAAGUAAAAUAACUAAAUAAAUAAAUAAAUAAAUAAAUAAAUAAAUAAAAAGUAAAAUAAAAUAACGAGACGAAGAGGAGGAGGAGGAGAAGGAGGAGGAGAAAGAGGAGGAGGAAGAGGUGGAAGAGUAACGUAAUGAAGAAAAAAAAAAUAAUAAUAAUAAAAAAAUAAAAAAUAAAAACGAAAGGAAGAAAAAAAAAAUUCGCGAGGAAACUAAUUCCGAUAUGCCGAAUUACACACGCGUAUGUACACAUAGCCACACACAAAAACACAUGCGCAAUAUGGCGACGGAAUUGGGCUUCUCGCUUCUCUCACCAGCAAUCAAGUUUUCGCGCCAACGAAUAACGUAUACACGCACACACAGUCGCGUUCGACCGUUGAAAUCGAUCCAUCUAUUCGUUUAUUUAUUCGCAAUAAUUAUUUCUCUAUACUCUUUGGUCCGAUCGUAACCGUCACUACGUUUUAUCGUCUCUCUCUCUUCUUUAUCGAAUAUAUACAUAUAUACUACGGACUUAACGGAUUGACACCGUAAAUGAUAAAUCAACUUCGUCGGCGUCGCCGUUAUUAAUUACGCGUUAGACGAUAUAAACCUUCAGACACCUUCACUCGAUCGUUCGUCUUCGACUAACCAACCAAGAUACACUGUGAACUUGUCUCCGAACUUGUCUCACCAAUAGCGUUUACGAUUAAUCUCCAUUUAGGUGUCAACCGAAAAAAAAAGAACAAAAGAAGAAGAAAAUAAAACGAAGCGUACCUUCGUACGUACACGCGUACGUACUCUCAUCGUUAUUUUCUUUUUUCCUCUCGUUAUUCGAUUCUUCUUCUUCUUCUUUUCCUUCUUCUCGCGUUAUGUAAAUAUUUACUUAUUCACGCAUAUACGUAUGUUUGUUGUAUACGUUAAUAAUUAACGUUUACGUUAAUCAACUGAAAAUUACGACGUUUCACAAUCGUCGUCUCAAUGCUUUCACGAAAUAUGAUAUUAUUCGUUAACGGUCGCGUUUCAAUGCCGACGGGCGAACGAAAAAUAUUUCUAAUAAUUUUUUUUAUGUUCGAACAAUUUUGUCUCCUUUUUACGCGGCAAAAUAAUCGAGAGAGAAAAAGAAAGAAUGAAAUGCUGCCAUUCCGAAAAUGAUAUUCCGUGACGAACGUCGGACCACAGACGAGAUUUGAUUAUUCUUUCAGGACGAUUUCGUACGUAAAUUCGAUCUCACGAACCGAAGUUGUCUUUUUUUUAUCGAAGGACAUUGAUUAAUGUAUGCCAACGUCAGUGCGUUUUCUCGUAGGCGCGUCAAAACGAGACGAGUCGACGAGCCAAUCAACGACUACUCCGUGUGUAAAUAUAUUAUGUAUAUCCGAGGUAAUGACCUAUAAGAGAUCAUUCGUCUGCCUAUACUCGAUUUUCUCCCUUAUCUUAUUGGAUCUUUAUUAAGAAAGAAAGAAGAAAUAUAAAAGGAACCAUAGGAAUCGUAUAUAAUAAAUAACAAAAGGAAAAGAAAAGAAAAGAAAAAAAUGCGCGUGUAUUAUAAUUAAUUAAUUAAGAAAGAGCGUGGUCACACUUCCUCGGCCUUUCUUCUCAAACUUUAUAUAUAUAAAUAUAUAUAUAUAUAUGUAUGUAUGUAUGUAUGAUGUAUGAUGUAUGUAUGUAUGUAUGUAUGUAUAUGUAUAUGUAUAUAUACAUAUGUACGUCGUAGGAAAACGAUCCGCGCUCUUCUUCAAUAUUAUAUUAGCACUAUCCCCUUUCCAACUUUCCUCUCUUCCUCCUCACCCUUCGACGCCCUGAAAAAACAGAAACAAAAGCAAAAAAAGAAAAAUAAAAAUGACCGAUCGAUUUGUACAUAGUGCGAGCGAGAACGGGAAAAGAAGGCGAUGGAAAUGCGACACGCUCGCGCAAAAAAAAAAAAAGAAA